AAAAACAAAAAUAAUAAACAGUGAAAGGGAUUGUUGCUGUUCUUGUAAUUUAUGUGAAUUAUUGUAGUAAAGUUGUAAUAAAAUGGAGCUGGAGACGAUGUUGGUGCCGUCGGGCGUGUGUGCGGGGUGCCUGAGCGCGGGGCGGCGGCUGCAGGCGCUGGCCGGCGAGGACCUGCGAUACUUUGAAGAUAUCAUCCACUCUGGGCGCGGGCAGCCGGCGCCGCUGGUGCCGCUGUCCCGGCUGGCGUGGCAGCGCGGGGCGGCGCCCCUCGUGACGUCACACGGCGCCGCGCCCGGUGACGUCACGGGCCGGGGGACCUCGCCGCCCGCGCUCGAGUUCCUCAAGGUUGAACAAGACGAUGACUACACCGGGGAUCACUACACUGAGGAUCACUAUGACGACAAGGCGGUGUUAAAGCUAGACGGGGCGGAUAAGCCGCCUAAGGAGAGAAAGAAACGCAAGAAGCGCGCGCGAGCGAGAGAGAAGACCGAGUUCGAUUCCUCCGACGAGGAGCCGCUCACCCAUAAGCAGAACAAGAAACACGACGACGGCGGGCCGCAGAAGCGUCGCCCGCGGCGCGAGCAGCCCGCCGGCGUGGUGCGGCACGCGCGCGUCGACAAGCAGCUGGCGCGGCUGGGGGUGCCCGGCGGGGCCGUGCAGCUGGUGCUGCUCACCUGGGAGGAGGUGGAGGCGGAGCGGCAGCGGGCGCUGCAGUCGGCGCGCUACACGCUCGCGUCGCAGCGGUGCGAGCAGUGCGCGCUCGGGUUCAACCACUCGGAGAAGCUGCGCCGGCACAUGCUCAAGCACAGCCCGGCGGCGGGCGGCGCGGGGUGCGGCGCGUGCGGCGUGCGCUGCAGGGACGCGCGGGCGCUGGCGGCGCACCGGCGGCGGCACCGGUUGAGGUGGGUGUUUGCUUCGGACGGGGAGACCGUUUGUAUUUGGAUUUCCGCUCCCCGCUGUAACAAGUACACUUGCGCGUGCAGAUGGCGCUGCGUGCGCUGCGGCGCGCUGUGGUCGCGCGCGGCCGUGGCGGCCGACCACGUGGCGCGGGCGCACGGGGGCGCCGCCCCCAGCCACGCGUGCCGCCUGUGCCCGCACACCGACACGUCCCUGGGCAAGCUGCGCGCGCACGUGCGGCGCACGCACGGCGCGGGCGCCCGCUGCGAGCGCUGCGGGAAGGUGUUCGCUGACUCCGCCUCGCUGCGGACGCACCUCUUCAUCCACCGCGGCGAGAAGGAGCACGCGUGCAGCACGUGCGGCAAGCGGUUCCUGCUGAAGCGCGCGCUGCAGGUGCACGCGGCCACGCACCAGCCCUCGCUGGCGCUCUACUGCCACCAGUGCGACGCGUCGUUCCGCUCGCAGCAGUCGUACUACCAGCACGCGCGCUACGCGCAGGCGCACGCCCCCCGCCCCCCGCUGCUGUGCCCGCACUGCCCCCGCCGCUGCGCGCGCGCCGCGCGCCUGCGCGACCACAUCGCCGCCGUGCACGCGCGGGCGGCGCCGCAGGCCUGCGCCGAGCCCGGCUGCGGCUACGUGAGCGCCACACGUCAUAAUACGCUUUGUUGCACACAACACAACAUUUACAGGAUACACUUAUACGCGUGGUAUCCGCAGGCGUGUGCGUCCCGCGCCGUGCUGCGCGCGCACGUGCUGCGCGCGCACCGCGGGCGCCGCCCCCCCCGCCGCCACGUGUGCCACCGCUGCGGCCGCGUCUACACCGCGCGCAAGUCGCUGGAGGCGCACCUGCUGUCGCACGCAGGGCUCCGCCCCCUGGCGUGCGAGGCCUGCCCCGCGCGGUUCACGCACCGCGCCGCGCUCUACAACCACACGCGGCUCGUGCACCUCAAGAUCAAGAAAGGAAAAAAGGCUGACCCCGCGCCGCCUGCUGCGGCCCCUGAGCCCCCCGCAGCCUCGGCUGAGGUGUCUGGGGCCCCCGCGGUGUUGGCCGAGGACUCCACUGCCCCCGCGGACCCCCCUAAGGCCCCCGCCCCUCCCCCGCAGUGGCUUCCCGCGAUAACAAAUAUGAAGACAGACGUCACGUGGAAAUAAAUUAGCAUAAUUACUGUUAUAAAUAAAUAAAUAUGUAAAUAAAAUUGGUAAAUAAAUAUUUUUUUA